UCCAACUGCGGCCGCGCGGCGGCGGCUCGAGCCCCGGCUGCCGGUUGGCGCCGGCGUGCGGAGGGGCGGGGUAUGCGGUUUGAAAUUUCGAGGGUAAUUCACGCGGCGAAUGGUCGUUGCCUGUGCGCGCCCCCACCCCGGGGCCGCCCUCGUUGGAUCAGUUUCGGUACCGAGUAAGAUACCCGGUAGCUGCCCAAUUCGCGCACGGUUCGGUGCUGUGCUUGGGGCCUGGUCGAUAAUCAAACAUGGCAAGUAUUAUCCCACGAAAAGGUUUCAGAGCAAAGAAAACCCUUAGAGUAAGUGACCGCCAACAGUGGGAAGCAUUACUCCAAGGAAGACAUCACAUUGAGAAUGGACAGCCCAACAAAGAAUGUGAUAAUCACGAAAAGUGUUUGCAGUGUGUGGAUACAGAAAAUAUAGAUGGUGGUAAACAUAAUGACCUCAUCGUUUCAAAACAUAAAAAUAAUGAACUUCCAGAGUCGGCAGUAAACCAUAGAGCUACAUUUAGUGACAAAAAUGAGGUCAUGAAGACCAAGUUCAAAAAGUCUCCUGCUGUUGGCAUAACAGAAAACCAGGUUGAGAAUCGAAGCUUAAAAAGUCCAAAAAAUGUUCAAACUAGUGGUCACCUUGAAACUAAAACAUAUCCUCAGAAGAAACAUCAUAAUAGUAGCUUGCUAAAAAAGAAUAUAAGCUCAUCUUCAGAAACUGUUGUUCAAAACAAAACUCCUCAUGGUAGUACUCUAUGUAUAUCUUCCUUUGUAUUAAAAGAGGACUUUAACAGGGCUUCUAAGACCAAAUCUACCAAGGUUUCCAAGACGCUGAAUCAGAAAAAUUAUGUGAAAUCCAUUCAUUCAGAUAAAAACAGGAAUGUCAAAGCAGCCUUUCACAUUGUUGAUACUGAAGAACUUAUUUCUUCAAACUCUAACAAUACAACUGGCAAGCUAAAGAAAUUAAAGCAUUCUCUUGUUCCUGUCUUAGAAAAAUUGCCUACUGAGACACAAUGGAACAUGAUGAAUAAUGUACAGUUGUCAGAAUUACGUGUUACUGAAAAUAUAAAUAACAAAAUUAAAAUAAGUAUACAUACUGAAAGUCAAAGUUCCAGUGUUUCAAAAUGCCAUUAUAAAGAGAAAUCAAUUGAAUCUAAAAUUCUCACUGAUGAUCAAGAUGAUAUUGAAUGUACCCCUAUUAUCCUAAAGGAGAUGAAAACCCCUGAUCGAGCUGAAAGGAAGAGGUUCCAUUCAAGAAGAGAAGGAAAAAAUAAGCACAAGAAAAUCAAGAUUUCACAUGAUGCGAAAAGUGUCCAUUUCAACUUAAGUUGUGAAAAAAGUACACAAACAGCCAAGAAGAUAACCUGGGAGGAGGUUCAAAAAAUCCUUCACCAUAAAAUGAACACGGAGCUUGGUAGUGAUACUUUGGGCAAGAAACUUGAAGAGUUAACAAGACGAGUUGAAAACAUUGACUGCACACAAAAACAUGAAGAGCUGGCCAAAAGUAUUCAAUCUAGAAUAAAACAUUUGGAAAAGAAAGUAAAUAUUUUACAGGCAGUAAAUAGCGCAAGGCUCAGGAGGAACCCAGAAGAGCCUCAAAUGACUCCUGUAUCACAUGAUCCAAUUUCUGGAGCAAAUCUGAAAAAUGCGGAGCCCGUGGCAAAUGAAAACUACGUGGAUUCAUGUACAGUCCUCGGAGCUCCAUCAGACCAGAAAUCACAGCUUUUGCCUUAUAGGAAAACUUCUGAUUCUAUUAAUUAUGAAUUGAACUUGCAGAAGACUAAAAGAACUUCAAAUUCUGUGCCUACAGACGCAAAGAAUACAAGGAAUAUUCCAUUGCCAAAGAAUUUGGACACUGUAACGCCAGCAAAUACACACUGCGGGGACAUGGCUUCGAAAACAACAGAAGGGAACACAGAGUCCCCAGACACUCUGGUUUGGCAACCUAAUAGGAAAGAAGAACUAGGUAAUACAAGACAGGAAAGUAAUGCGACAAGUAGUCAAAUAAUAAUUGAUCUUACAAAAGGCAAUGAACAAUCAUAGUCAGAAAAAAGGUACUCCUUUUUUAUGAUUCAAAGGAUCAAGUGAAGCUGAAAAUGAAAGCAGAGCAGGAAGAUAAACUUUUGUUGUUGAAUCUGUGGAUGUGUGACAAAGGCAUGCGGAGAUCAUCUUUUCAAUUGUUGCAUCAUUAUUGAAAAUUUUAACAAAGAUGGAACAUAAUUGAAAUACUGCAUACCAGAAUACUUGUGAAUCAAAUAAAUAAUAACCGUAUAUUUCUGUAUUUAUGUAUAUUCCCUUUCAAUCAGCAGUUCCUACUACAGUUUCAACAGGAGAUCUACUUACUAAACCUGAUACCUCAGGCCAUCCCAGGAGCCUGCAGUAUAUCCAACGCAUAUGAAAAGUGGAAUUGCAAUCUCCUGGAGUGCUGCGGAUGUUCAACAGAUUUGUGCCUCUAUAUACAGUUUUGUGAUACUAUAUAUGCAUACCAUGAUGAUCCUAGUUUGAAGUGCCUGUGACAAUGGAAAAUAUUUGGAGAGGCAAAAUCUCUCCUUCCACUUGCACUUUGUUUCUGUUUUACUUGAAAUUUAAUAUUUUACUUAUUCAAGCAAAAAUCACCCAUUGUUAUUUUGUCUUUUUCUGUGAAUCACAAGCAUUUUGCUUAUUAGAACCUAAAGAAAUCCAUAUCCAUCAUUCGUUAUCGCAUUGCUUAUGCAAAAAUACUAAAAAUGAAAACAACUUUAGUUUAUUGUGAACUGCUCUUUAUGGAUUAGUUACUGAGGAAAUUUUGGUCCGGUUUUGCCUAAGUUCAUUAAAAACAAAUGUGUUUAAGCAUUUGUCAAUGUGGUGUUCAUUUUUGAACAGAAGUAAAUAAUGUGUUCAUAUGUAAACAUUAAACUUGUCCUACUAAAUUUAAAUUGAAAAUUUACACAUUUGGAUAAGUGUUAUUGCAAUCAAAUCACUUUCCCAAGUUAUGUGUCCAUGAAAAUAUUUGAUACCAAAGUGCUAACUGUUUUAAGUCACUAUUUAGUUUUUUUUUCAGGACUGAAAGUUCAAACUCCUACCAAGGUGUUCAUACUUUUUGAUCACCUUUUGUAUUGUGUAGUCUGCAACCACAAAUAUAAACCAAAAGUUCUCACCUUGAUCAGAAAACACAUGGGUGUGCCUCUUACUACUUUUUCUUGAAGAUUCUAUGUUACGAAUGCCUGACCUGAGGACUUCCCUACAUACAAACAAACUCCUAAAAUGUUUUUAAAUUCAAAAGUCCAACAUAUGUUCAUUCAUUCCUAUGAGUAGCCAAACUAGUUUACACUCUCUCCACUUUUAAUAAUUACUCCUAAUCAGCCUUGUGCCUUUAAUACUGUGGAGGUAUAGUAAUUAUAUCAAGUGAUUUUUGUGUAUUUGCUGACUUAAGGGCAUCAGUAAAAUUGGGCUCAAUUAUCCCGGGACAGCCUGUACUUCAUUAGAUACUGAAAAUUACAAUCUGAGCAUUGAUGCAUAAUCUAAAUGACAAAAUGCCAUUUCCAUAACAGAUCAUUAAAAAUGUCUUCUUAAUUUUAAAUUAACACAAUUUUGAACACUAAUUAGAAUGGGAAAAGUAAUUAUGAAAUACUAUGGUUAUAUUUUUACGGACAUUUAUAGUUGAUUUUGUCUGAGAAAAGCUAGAAAUUGAGUCAUUUAAAAUUGCUCAUCCACUUAAGCAAGAGGCUAAAUUUUGUAAAUACAAUAAAAUCUGUAGUUCAUCACGUGAGCAUUCUGACAGACUGGGCUUGUGCAAAAACUGAUAAAUGAGCAAAGAUAUUGUGAAUCCCAUGUGAGGUGUUGACAGUUCAGAAAAGCGUUGCAACAGAGCUCAAAUUGGAAACCAGGUUUUUACAUUUUGAUCCAAAUGUGCCUAAAUAUUCCUUUGUUUAAAGAGAAUGUAUCAAACUAACUGUGAAAUCAAUGAUGCUAAAGUAGAUUGCAAGCUUUUUAAUCUGUGUUGCACAUAACAAAAGAUUCCAUAAUAAUUGAAAUGUUAGUCUGAAAUUUGCAAAAGUGAUCUGCAACAAUAAAUUCAGUUAAUUGUCAGAAAGUAAUUACGUGAAGUAUGCAACCAAAGGAAUCUGUAGGAUUAUACAACUUGACAGGUCGUUUCAUUUAUUUAGUAAAUAUUCACUUUCUAUAUUUCUCAAACUAUUGGUCAUACUUGUAGUUUACAAUCUUGCACCAGAAAAAUAUUCCAUAGCAAUGGCAAUGCAUAUUUAAUAGCAGUGGUUUUUUGCAAAGAGAUCAUUUGUACCUUCCAUAUGCAUAUCGAAUUAUAUUAGCUGUUAAAAAUUGCUCCUACAAUGUGUCAUGCUGUUGUUAGCAAGUUUUAAGUUAGCAAUUAGUUGCUAGUUUAGAAUAUAUAGGAAAAAUGUCCAAUGAAAUCUCCAAGUGUAUUAAAUGACUGUUAAUUAACAAUGGUGCUUCCUUCAUUCUGAGACUAUGUGUUUUACUAAAGUCUGUCAUUCUGCAUGUAAAUUGGUGCACACUUAAAAUUGCAGGAUGAUUUAGUUAGUAGUUUUAAAGCAAUUACUUGUACAAAUCCUGUUUUAUUUUGAACAUUAAAAUGAUUAAAACACAGUUCUAAUUGAAGAAAGCAGUGUAAGUGCUUCCAUUGAUAUUCAGAUUAAUUGUUUUAUAAAUUUAUAAGUCAUUUAACAUUAACUAGAGAAUAUUCAUCAGAAUUUCUUGCAUUGCAGCAUCAUUAGAACUUUAUUUCUAGAAGAAAAAAUCUUUUUAGCAAAUCAUGCUUUUUAAAUAUUGCAUAUUAGAAGAACAUGCUCCAUUAGUUCUGUUAUUGUUAAAUGAUACCUUCAACAUAUUCUGUAUUGAUGGUUUAACAAUGUGUGGAUGGAGACAGCUGUGGUGCCUAUGGAACAAACUUGGGUAAAUCUUGUUUCCCCCACUACAACUUUUAAAACUCGUAUUGUUUGCUCAGGGAGGUACAGUCAGCAUAUCUGGAGUUGGUUAAUAUAUCAAUUUUCUAUAAGUGAAUACAGUAAAUUAUUCUCACUUCCCCUUUCCUCUAUUUGUUCCUCACUUUUCCAGUUCUGAUGAGUGAAUUAAGAUGUUACUUGUUUCUCUCUCCACAGAUGCUGCCUAACCACAGACUAUCUCCAGCAUCUUAAGUUUUUUUUAAAAAACAGCUCAUGUAAUCAUCAGCAGCCAAGAAAGUCAUAAACACCUGACCACAGCAUAGUAGUAAUCUCUUCUUUAUGAAAACUAGUAUUUCAUUAUAAGGAAAUUCUGUAUUAACUAGUGCUGCAGUGUUGGUGGUGUUGUUAUACAGAUAAAUGGACAUCUGAGGUAAUUUAUGAUUCUAGAAAAAGCAUAAUUUAUAUCUUCAACAGUGAUUCACAUCACCAUUAUUGCUCAUUCUGAGUAGCAUCUGCAUAAGCAACUAUUGUUCAUCGUGGGGCUAUGUAAACAAUCUCAGAAUGAACAGACCUUUAUAAGAUACACAGUUAUAAAAAACUACAGCACAGAAACCGACCCUUCAGCCCAUCUAGUCCAAAAAAAGGGAUGAGCAGUCAGAGUAAGAAACCUCCCACUUUCUUAUUCUGAGUUGCCUUUUUUUUCCCAGUCCUGAUGAAGGCUCCUGGCCUGAAAUGUUAACUGUACUCUUUUCCAAAGAUGCUGCCUGGCCUGUAGAGUUCCUCCAGCAUUUUGUGUGUGUUGCCUGGAUUUCCAGCGUCUGAUUUUCUUGUUCAUGAUUGGUCUUCUUUUAACCCUCCUGAUUUCAUUUUUAAGUUGUCUUUUGCAAUUUUUAUUCUCACAUACCUCAGAGACUCAAUAUUUCUCAAAAACUAAGGUACCCUAAACUUGUUAUCCUUGCCUUUUAUUCUAACAGGCACAUACAAGUUUUGUACACUCAAAAUUUCACAUUGGAAGGCCCCCCCCCCCCCCCCCCACUUACCAAGUACAUCUUUGCCAGGAAACAGCCAGAUCCUUUCUGAUACCAUCAAAAUGGCCUUUUUCCAGUUUUGAAUCCCAACCCGAGAACCAAACUUAUCCUUUUUCAUAAUUACCUUGAACACAUCCUAAGUGUGUUUUGGUUGUUAAUGCAAGCAAUGCAUUUCACUAUAUCUUUAAAUGUACAUGUACCAUGUAAAGCUAAUUAUUAAUCUAUUCCCUCUGCAACCAGAACUUUAGCUUCCCUGUUGGGAGACCACAGUCAGUGCAGAUCUCCUCAGUGAGCACUUUAGAGUGUGUGCUUAGCUCACUGCUCUACUUUUUCUACAGUCCUGACUGUGGCCAAGCACAGCUCAAACACCAUCUAUAAAUCCAUUAAUGUGAUAUUGUUGUUGGUAGAAUAUCACAGGGAUGGGAUACAUCAGCUGGUUGGAUGGUGUUGCAAUAACCUCACACAGUGUCAGCAAGAACAAGGAACUGAUUGUGGACUUCAGGAAGGGAGUGUUGGGAGAACACAUCAGUACUCAUUGAAGGAUCUGGUGGAAAAGGUGAUCUGGAUGUCAGCUUCUCAGGUGAUCUAUCCUAGCACACCAUAUUGAUGCAAUCAUUGAAGGAGGCGUACCAGCAGCUAUACUUCAUUAGUAGUCUGAGGAGAUUCAGCAUGUCACCAAAGGCUUGGACGUUUCUAUAGAUAUGCCAUGGAGACCCUUCUGGCUUGGAACACAGAGUGGUAUGGACUCUAAUGCACAGGUUCAAAAGAGGUGUCAGAGGGUUGUAGAAGUCGGCCAGUUCUAACAUGUGCACAUCCCUCUCCAACAUCAAGGAAGUCUUCAAGAUGUGGUACCUCAAGAGAGCAGCAUCCUUCAUUAAGGACCCUCAACAUCCAGGACAUACCCUCUUAUUGCUAUCACUAGGGAGAAAGUACAGGAACCUGAAGUACACACUCAAUAUUUUAGUAACAGCUUUACCCCUCUGCCAUCAGUUUAUCUGGAACAGACCCAAAACCCAUGUACUAUUUGCUUAGUAUUGUAUAUUAUAGAUUUUAUGACUGCACUAUACUGCUGCUGUAAAACAAAUUUCAUGUCAUGUCAGUGAUAAUGUAUCUGAUUUUGAUUAUUAAUUACUUCAGCUCAAAGUAUUAAAUGAAUGAUAUUAAAUUCCCCAUGGUUAUACAGUAUAGACCAUACCAUAGUCUAAAACUAAUUCAUUUGAGUGGAUGAGUACACUGUACACUGGAUGUCUAGGUUCUCACAAUAUUUAGCAACAGUUCUAAAACGUAUUCACAGUAGUAUAGGCUCCUCUUUUCCAGCCACCUCAGGCUAUACCGGUGCUACAUUGUGACUAACAUCCUUCCAUCAAAGUAAAAGAAAGUUCAGGUCUAAGCUUUUGGGCCAAGACUACUUUGACUUCUUUACCUUCCUUAGAACUGGCAUUACAUAAUUCAAAAUAACAAGUUAUUCAAAAGUUUUGAAUCCAUGCUCUUCAUAUAUUCCAAACAGUUGAUGACAUCCUGAUGGCAUGAACAUUUCUCUAACUUCCAGUAAUUUCCCCUCCUCAUUUCUCUCCCCACCCAUUUUCUUAUUCUGGCUUUUGUGUCCUUCCUUUGCAGACCUGAUGAAGGGUGUUGGCCUGAAACAUCUACUGGUUUUUUUCCCUUUCCAUGGAUUCUGCAUGACCUGCUGAGUUCCUUCAGCAUGUUUGUGUUACUCUGGAUUUGCAGCAUCUGCAAAAUUUGUGUUUACAAAACACUUCAGAACUGUUUAAUCUGUUUUCCGGUUUGUGUUUCCAUAAGACCAUAUUGUUUCUGGAUCGGUCAGGGCAUCAAAGGAUAUGGCAAGAAGGCAGGUGUAUGGGGUUGAGUGGGAUCUGGGAUCGCCCAUGAUGGAAUGACAGAGCAGACUUGAUGAACUGUAUGUGUUAUAGACUGUAGACAAUUUCAGUGAAGCCAUAAGUUACAGGAGCAAAAUUAGGCCAUUUUGCCUAUUGCGUGUGCUCCAUCAUUUCAUCAUGGCUGAUCCAAUUUUCCUCUCAGCCCCAAUCUCCUAUCUUCUCCCCAUAUCCCUUCAUGCCCUGACCAAUCAAGAAUCUAUCAACCUUAAAUAUACAUAAAUACUUGGCCUCUACAGCUGCCUGUGGCAACAAAUUUCACAGAUUCACCACUCUCUGGCUAAAGAAAUUCCUCCUCAUCUCCAUUCUAAAGGGACACCCAUCUAUUCUGAGGCUAUCCUCUGGUAUUAGAAUCUCCCACCAUACAAAACACCAGAUUACUGAUCACAUGCUGAUGCAGACCUGUAGAUCACAAGGAGGUUGAAUUUCAGACAAGCUGGACCAAUUUCUGUUAUUUAUCGGGGACAGGGGGUAGCAUAAAUUGACAAUCUAAACAAAUUAAUGAUUUGCUAGGCUGUACUUUAUUAUACAUACAAAAUACAGAUAAUUGUCAAUCAUUCCUUAUAUUUUGGAUUUCUUUAUCAGAGUCUAUAUUAUCACAUCAUUGUAGAAUCACGGUAACAUAACUAAACAAAAAUGCUACGUUAAAAACAAUCACACUACUAAUAAGACACUCAACCUGGUAAUUUUUUAAACUAUAUAUUGAAGGAGGAAGAAAAUAUUUUCUAAAAAGGCUCUUUGAAAACUAAUUAAUAUGGUAAAUUAGAUCCAAAGGAAGAAAUAAGUAAGUGAAGCAUGUUUAAUAAUCUGAUUGUUUAUGGCUUACUUAAUCUGUCAGAUCCAUGUUUACCUCGUACAAAUGUUGGACUAUAUACAAGAUUUUAAUUGCAAAUGUUUUAUUUAAAAUAUAGGAUUUAUAUCCAUAAUUGUGUUUUUCGAUUUUAAAAACUUGCGUGCUUUUGUUUGAAACCAAUUCUAGCUUAUUUGUCAACUAUUAAAGUACUAAACAAUGUAAAAUCAAACUUGUACUAAAAUUCAUGAACUGCAAACUUAAUUCAUAAAUCUAGUUUAUGUCCUAAGCUAUAUCACUCAAUGACAGAAUUUAAUUGAUUCAAAAACAAAUGGACUCAGGAUCAAUGGCCAGCAAAUCAAAAUGCAUGCAAGUCUUUCACAAUACACACAAAUACAGUGUAUCUAGAAACUGUCCUACCCCUUCUGAUCUUUUCAGUGAUUUUUAUCCUUCUAUAGUAAUUUUAGCAAAAAAUAUAGGUUAAUUUGUUAUCUGUGACAUUGCGAGAGAAAAUCCAUAUUUAUUAUGCACAGGAUUUAAAUGCAAAUUUAUACUGGGUGUGAGCAUUAGCUUGUAUCACUGCACAGUAUCACUAGAGUAAAAAGCAUCGAUAACAAAUUAGCAUGCAAUAAAUAUAUUACAAAAAUAAGACCUUAAUAUAUUGUGGUAAAGAAAAUAUCAACUUUGGAACGAGUGGUUACUCCAAUAAGAUGUCUUUUAAGUGGAUCUUCAAAAAAAUAAUUUGGUUUGUAUACUGUCAUAAUUUUAUUUAGGACUGACUAAUAUAUUUAAAAAAAAUCUCCUUUAUUACCUCAUUGGUUAUGCAAUGGAAUACAGUUGCAAAAAUCAAAUUGUGAUCCUCACUAUGGAAACCACGGUCCCUCUGUCUCUUCCAUGAACAUGUGUAGUUGCACUGUUAAUAAAUUGCCAACUUUUACUGUUUCCAUUGACUGACAAUGAGUUAUUAAAAAAGUACACCUAACUUUUUUUAUAAAAGGAAAGGUUUGCUCACUACACUAUAAACGUAGCUAAACUGGCGAUUUUAAAAAACAACCGCUUUUUAGGUAUUGAGUAAAAUAUUUGAAGAAAACUAUUAACUGGUUACUUGACAUUAUGUUAAUUCUGCCACUAAAAGUUAUAUAAAAAUGUGUCACAACUGUUGUAUUGAUGGUCAUUAUCCUGGAAGUGGAUCUGUAGUUGCAUUUCCUACACUGAGUUACAAUUUCUAUGUAAGUUAAAACUGAUUUUUUGAAGUAAUGUUCAGUUCUCUGGAAUGGCGCUACAUUGAGAGAUGAGAUAGUCCUUUGCCAGGAUGUUGAAUGCAAAGUUUCAGUGCUAUUAUAUUACUUUCUAUUUAUGUUGAUCCUAAUUUUCUGAUUAUAAAAAAUAAGUACAGGAAUGGAAAAUGCUGAGAGCAAAAAGCAACUGUGCAACAAGUUCUGUCUGAUGUUUAGGUUUUAAAGCCUCUGCAAUCAUUGCAGUCCAGCUAAUCAGGAAAAAAACAAGCAGCACCAACAUACUAAUGCUGAAUUCAAGUAUUUAUUUACAGCAGUAUUUUCUGUUUCCACUAAUGUCAGGAUGGUUAAGAGUUUCUUAUUUAGUUUCUGAGAAAACCUCUUGUAUGAUUUAGCUAAAUAAUGAGGGAAAAGUUCUGUUGGCUGUGCUCAGUUCAGUGUUUAUAUUAUAGAGAGGGAGUCAUAAUCACAGUAAAUCGAUUCAAAAUGUCCAAUUAUUGAAGUGCAAAAGUUUAAUAAUUACCCUUGGGACAUCUAGGGGCAAAAAAGCUACAAUCAGUGGCCACUAAAUUAGGUGUACCUGUACACUUGUUUGUUAAAGCAAAUUUCAGUUAUUUGGUCAGAAAGGGGAAGAAAUAUGAUCUAAAUUACUUUGACCAUGGAUUGAUUUUUGGUCCCAGAUAGGGUGGAUGAGCAUCUCAGAAGCUGCUGAUCUGGGAUUUUUACACGACUCUAGAGUACAGAGAAUGGUGCGAGAAACAAAAAAAAAUCCAGUGAAUGGCUGUUCUGUGGGCAAAAACACCCUUGUUAAUGAGAGAGGUUAGAGGAGAAUGGCCAAUUUAAUUCAAGCUGUCAGGAAAGCAACAGUAACUGGUUAAGAAGGUGUACGGUGUAUUGGCCUCCAUCUAUCGAAGAAUUGAAAUUAGGAGCCGAGAGGUGAUGUUGCAGCUAUAUAGGACCCUGGUCAGACCCCACUUGGAGUACUGUGCUCAGUUCUGGUCACCUCACUACAGGAAGGGUGCAGAGGAGAUUUAGAAGAAUGUUGUCUGGAUUGGGGAACAUGCCUUAUGAGAAUAAGUUGAGUGAACUCAGCCUUUUCUCCUUGGAGCACCGGAGAUGAGAGAUGAGCUGAUAGAGGUGUAUAAGAUGAGAGGCAUUGAUCAUGUGGAUAGUCAGAGGCUUUUUUCCAGGGCUGAAAUGGUUGCCACAAGAGGACACAGGUUUAAGGUGCUGGGGAGUAGGUACAGAGGAGAUGUUGGGUAAGUUUUUUACUCAAGAGUGUGGUGAGUGCAUGGAAUGGGCUGCCGACAACAGUGGUGAAACGGAUACAAUAGGGUCUUUUAAGAGAUUUUUGGGUAGGUACAUGGAGCUCAGAAAGAUAGAGGGAUUUGGGUAAGCCUAGUAAUUUCUAAGGUAGGGAGGGACAUGUUUGGCACAACAGGAAAGCCGAUGCUUACUUCUAGUGGUUUACAUUUCACAAGAUGGUUUAUAUUAUGCUAAUAAAUAAAAUGUACAAAUAAGCCCAGACAUCAAAUUUAUUCUUUUUCCAAGGUCAAGAACCAUCAAUUCUAAGCAAUUACAUUUUCCCAUUCACCAGCUUAAAAAAAAUCAAAUGGAUGAUCUUAUAUAUUGUGAUUGCCAGAACACUAUUUGCUUAUUUUUGAUAUGACAUCUGAGGCAGCUAUUAAGCUAUCAAAUCCAUGCUUGCUCUCAAACCAUUGCCAUCAGUCCCAUUCCUCCAGUUA